GCACAGCUGUUGUCUUUGUGCUUCUCUGAAAACACGUUUUCACUUCCUGUCUGUGACACAAUGCCCUCUUUAUGAAACAUUUACUGUAUCAAAUGUGAGUCAGUAGCAGCAGAAGACGCGAGCAGCUGAACGUUGACCUCUUUUCCUCGUGUUUCACAACAGUGGUGCUGUCAGGACGACGGCUCUCCUGGAUGUUUCCUGACUUCCUCCGGGCUGAAAUUAGGAACCAGGGAGCGCACUGAUCUCUACAGAGUGGAAAUAGUGUCUGCUGUUUCAGAAAUGAAGAGAGUCGUGUCCUUUCUGAUCAGUGUCUACCUCUCGGUGCCCGUCGUUCUCUACCUGUUCCCCUGGAUACUCGGUCAUAUCAUAUUUGCUCACCUGGCGAGGUUUCCAUUCUUCGUGGAUCUCAGCCGACCUGAGGACGUCCUGAACCACACCAGUAACUUCUACCUGGACACUGAGGAGGGCGUCUCAGUGGGAGUGUGGCACACUCUCCCGGCCAGCCAAUGGGAGAAGGCCGCCGGGAGAAGCCCUGAGUGGUACCGGGAGGCCCUGGGAGACGGCAGCCCUGUUAUUGUCUUUCUCCAUGGCAACGUAGGGACCAGGGCGUUAAAACACAGAGUGGAGCUGGUGAAGGUCUUGAGUUCUACAGGUUACCACGUCUUAUCUUUAGACUACAGAGGUUUUGGAGAUUCCAGUGGGGAGCCCAGUGAAGCAGGGCUGACCAGAGACGCCCUCUAUCUGUACAAAUGGGCAAAGAAACACAGCGGAGGGAGUUUGGUCUGUCUGUGGGGACACUCACUCGGCACUGGAGUGGCAACGAAUGCAGCAGUGAAAUUACAAGAGCAAGGUUCUGCAGUCGAAGCUAUAAUCCUUCAGGCUCCGUACACAAGAAUAGGAGAAGUUGUAACCAACCAUCGGAUCACGAAGCUGUACCUGUUCCUUCCAGGAUUUGAGAGUUUGGUUUGGUACCUAAUGGAGAAGAACAACAUAGAGUUUGAUAACGCUAAAAAUUUGCAGACACUGACCAGCCCACUUCUUAUUCUGCAUGCAAAGGAUGACAAACUUGUUCCGCAUCACAUGGGUCUGAAGCUGCACCAGAUCUCCCUCCAGGCUCGGGAGAAACUCAACACAGAUGCUCCCGUUGAAAUGAUCUCUUACGAUGCAAAUCUUGGAAUCUCCCACAGCAAGGUCUACUUGGAUCCCAAUUUGUCAGAUGUGGUUAGGAAGUUUCUAGAAAACUUGAGGCAGUAAAGCGGCAUUCCUUCCUCUGGAUUCCUUUUGUCAGCUGUCAUUGCAUAUUUUGUGAAAUAAUGGCCAAAUUCCAGUUCAAACUGUUUAUUUUUUACCAUAAAAAUGCACAUAUGUACUCUGAAACUUCCAGUUUUGCGAAUAAAUACUAGAAAUACUAUCAAGUAUAGUCAGGUUUGUGUUUUAGUAAUGCCACAUAAAAUCGCAGGAAUGUAAUAUGAAAAAUUCACUUCCCAAUUUGUCAGAUGUGGUUAGGUGGGUUAAAACUGUUAAUAAUCAAGUUUUAGAAUCAGUUUUAUUGAAAAACUGACAUCUGCCGUUUGUCUAAAAGUAAAUCAGGGUUUUUCCUGCAUAGACAUGCUUUCGGUGCCAUUAAGACACGUUCCCCAGCACCAAAAUCAUAAUUAUUGUGAAAAAAAAUUAUAUUUGGGGGGUUUGAUUGGGGCAUAAUAGAUGAUUUCUGUCAAACAAAGGUAACAGAUUCAUUGCCUCUCACUCUACGCAGACGAUCAGGUUUACUACACACCGAAAUAAUCUUUACUUCAUCAGUGUUGAAUCUGUUUUGUUUUUGCAGAAAGUUUCUGGAAAACUGAAUUUUACCACAAAAAGGCACAUAUGUCGUCUGAAACUUGAAAUAAAAGCACUUCACAUUGUA